GCAGCGUAGAGUGGGGCGGCCACCGGAGAUGCCUAACAUUGUGUUCUGAAGAGCGGCCAGAGGCGCGAUGGAGCGGGCCAGGGACCGUUUACACCUGAGAUGGACCACAGAACAGCACGUACCAGAGGGAGAAGUCCAAGUCAAACGGAGAAGCACAGCCUCACUGAACAACCAGGAGUGUCACCUGUACCCAAGGCGAUCUCAGCAGCAGCAGCAAGUACCUGUGGUGGAUUUCCAGGCGGAACUGAGACAGGCAUUCUUAGCUGAAACACCAAGAGGUGGUUAAAGCAGUAUUGGAACACCCAGGUAGCAGAUUCCAAGAGAGAAAAACAA